UUCUGUUGAAGAUCUGGGAAAACUUAAAAAUUUUAAUGGCAGAAUUUUAUCUGUUUCCAUAAAACAACAGCAGAAAAAAACAUAACCUGUUUUUGGUACCUGGAGGCAUCACCUCUGAUGAUGAAUAUUGUUUUAUUUUGGAAUUAAGUGUCUGUUCUUCAGGAACGAAAUGUAUCUUGCUCUUCUGGUGAUUUUCUUGCAGUGUUCAGAACUUUACACUCAGGAGAGAGUUUUUACUUUCAACACAAUAGAAAUCAAGGUUCAGCCAUCUGUCAAAGUAAAGAAUGGAGCUUCUAUGUCAAUUGUCUGCCAUGCUGAUAUUAGCAAAAGUACCAAUUUCCAGCUGAAGCAUAAUUUUACAAUUUUUAAGGAUGGCAAGCUUGUGUUCAUGACUGUAUCAGACAAAGAAGAUGCACGAUAUGAAAUAUCUAUGGCUAGAUCUUCAGAUACAGGGGAGUAUGAAUGUACUGUGGAAGCAGGCGGAAAGACAAAAUCUAGUAACUCCUUACAUGUUUGGGUAACAGGAAUGACCAAGCCAAUCCUGACUGCUGAGAAAAAAGAAGUUUUAGAGGGUGAAGUUGUGAAAUUACGUUGUGAGCUGCCAGAAGAAGUACCUCCUUUGUAUUUCUUUUUCCGGAAGAUAAAGAUGAAUUCAACACCUAAAGAAAAACAUGUAUUUGAACCACACAGAAAUUUUUCUGUAGUGGAAUUUUCUGUUGAAGAGGGAGAUAAUAUUUUACAAUUUGAUUGCUUUGGUAGGAGAACUGUAAAACUUGAAUUUGAAGACUCAGUAUACAGCAACAAAACACUUGUUACAGUCAGGGAACCAUUUAUAAAGCCUACUCUGAAUGCCAAGCCCUCAAGUAAUAUUACAGAAGGAGACAGAAUACAGUUUGAAUGCUCAACUGUGGUAGCCCAAAUGCGUGACAUUGAAAUCAUACUCCAGAAAGACAAAACAAUACUGAACAGUGUACGAGAUGAGAAACUUUUGAAAUAUUCUGCAGUAGCUACUCUAGAGGACAGUGGUGAAUACCUGUGUAAGGUGGAGCAAAGGAGGGCAUCUAAAACCACCAAACUGAAUGUUGUUGUGUCAGAGUUAUUCCCCAAGCCAAUAUUGGCUGCUUCUGUGAGUAAGCUGGAUGAAAAUAAAGAAUUAACUUUGAGUUGCAGCAUUAGUGGUUUUCGGAAAGCUAACUUCUCUAUAUUACGGAAAAAUUCAAAUGGAGACACGUGGUUGAGAAAUUCUAGAAACUUAACAAUGAGAGUUAAUGUGAAUGACACUGGAUCCUAUAUCUGUAAAGCUGAAGUAAAAGGAAUAGUCAAGGAGAGCAAACCUGUAAGGAUAAAUGUUUAUGCCCCAGUCUCCAAGCCAACUCUUUCCGUUGUCAGUGGUUUACCGGAGGUGGUGUUAGGGAAGCCUCUACGGUUAAUCUGUCAUUCAGUGAUGGGAACACCGCCAAUAAAAUUCACAUUCUACAAAGGAAAUGAAGUUAAGAAAAUAGUAAUUAAUGACACAUAUGCUACAUUCUUGGAUGAAAAUAUUAGACUAAAUGACAAAAGAGGAUACAAAUGUGAUGCUAGAAAUAAUCAUUCCAGUGGUAUGAAAACUAGCAAUAUUCUAAACAUCACAGUAAUAGUACCAAUCAGGAAUGCCAGCUUGGGCAGUAUUCCGUAUGGAGAAGUGGAAGAUGGCAGUGAGACUGUUUUUCUCUGUUCUGUGAAAGAAGGAUCUUGGCCAAUCCGCUUCAGGAUUUUUAGAAAAACUGAUCAUGAAGUUCUUCUAUUUGAAAAAAGUGAAAAUGCAGACAGAGUCAUGUGGCGCAAGGAAGCAAUGAACAGGCAGGACACGGGGACAUACUACUGCAUGGCUUCUAAUCGAGCUAAUGUGGAUGUGAAAAGCCAUCCAAUAACCAUCAGUGUCAUCUUAGCGGCUUGGCAGAAAGGAGUCAUUGCUGCAUUUGUCCUAAUACCUAUUGCAGGAGCAGUAACUGUCACUUUAUGGUGGUUUUUGUGUAAGAAGAAAAAGGCUAAAGGACCAUCCAUGGAGAUGUCUGGUUCUGCCUUGGCUACAAACUUAACAAGUGAAAAACUGACAAGACAGCACAAUGAUGGAGACUACUAUUCAGGAUCAGGUUACAUUGAAGAUACUGAAAAUCACAUGAAAUCAACAGAUGAGAGUAAAGGACCUGACCUUGAGAGUGCUGAGGUGGAGUACACUGAAGUUGAAGUAUCAACGCUUGAUCCUCACAGAGCUCCUGUACAGAAGGGGACUGAAACAGUUUAUAGUGAAAUCAGAAAAAGCAACAAUCCAGCAUAUCUCCUUUCCCUGUUUUUGUUAAUCUUGUGGAAAACAGGCAUUCUAGAAUACAAGGGCAUCCUGAUGCUACUUAGAACAGUCAUCUCAAAGAUCAGCUGGGAGAAGAAAACAAGCCAAGAUGGAAGAUGUUGCAAACGUUUCAAAAGCUCUGCAGCACUUAUUUGAGUUUGCCAGGCUCUUCUUUUCAAAGUUUAUUUCCUUAGGGGGAACAAUAGAGAUGUUCCUAAAGCAUUUAAUGGAAAAAAUUACAAAUAAAAAUUCUCAUAGGAAAGUGGCUCUAGAAACCACUGACCUAGGUUCUCAUCUUUAAUUUCUCCUGCUAAUGCAAUUUUGCCUUUCUAGCCUCUAAUUCAUCGUGCUCUGAGGAAAUAAAAGGGGAAGCUACAGCUGAGGAAGUACAUUUCUACAGUGCAGUAACUACUGUGAUGCCAGUAGGAUGUAGAAAUAUCUAAGCUUGCUUUAAACUAGCUAACUUGGUUAUCAGUAACACUCUACUGUGGCAGAACAGAGCUCAGCACAGCUUGGCCAGCCAUGUAUGUACUUUGACAUGAUCUUGCAGCUUGUGCUGAACUCCCUGUGCUGCAGCAGCUGGACUGCUACCAGUCUUGGAGCCAGCUAAUUUAUAGCUCACUUGGAUGCUACACUGCAAUGAGGGCCUAACAGAAGAGCAAGCUCUGGGCUCUCUAAAAACUUGAAUAACUAUUCAGAGAUUCAGUACUUUACCAAGUGCUUCUAUCAGUAGAGGCACAAAUAUUCUUUAUUCUUUGCUAAACUGCUUUUCCCCUUUAAAAGUUCUGAUGCUUGUUGGUUAGUUUGGUGUGGUGGUUCUUCAAGGAAUGAUUGCCCAUCACAGUUAUUUUGGAUGAUGCAAAAUAUAGGUCUUGAGUGGGUGGAUAUACUACACCCAGGUCAGUGAGUUUGUACCUGAAAACCCUGUUAUGUAUAAUCCUUAUUCCUUUGAUUUUAGGAGAGAUCUGAAGUCGUACUUGUGUCCAGUUUGUCCAGUAUGGAACUCCAUACCUACCCUUUUUCUCUGUAGUAUGAUAAACCACUAACAUGGAUCCAGUUUGGACCUGGAUCUAAUCUUUGCAGCCCGUGUUUAUCUCAGUUGCAUUAGUUUAAAAAAAGAACACAAAACAAAACAGAAAAAUUACUGUCCCCAACCCCUUAACCAGCUGGUCUUUGACACUGCAAUUGCUCUCCUUUUCUUACUGCAGAUUAAAUUACUACAGGAUCUGGGCCACAGGUAAGAAGGUUCUCAUUUUAAUUAGAAAAUAGUGAAAGAGAGGACAUGGAUUUGUAUAUACAUAUAUAGUUACUGCUUUAAGCAUUACAUCAAAGGUGCAAAACCAGCAAGAAAUACAAAAGGGGUUUAUAUCCUUAUUCCAAACGUUUAAAUUUUCAAGCUCCAGUUACUGGCUAGUAUCUCUAAUUUAUUGUUCCCUAUGCAAAUGUUGUUUGUAUCAUAAGCCUUUCACAAAUGACUGACUUCAUAGCACUCUUCUGUUGACAAAUGUUCUUCCUAGCAUCCCAUGAGUGUCCAUACAAAUGCAUUAGUAUAAGGAAUGUGAAAAGGUAUUUUAAUAAAGAAAACUCUGAAUUGAACUUUG